AAGAAAAUUAGAUUUAAAAAAGUUAAGAAGAAUUCGCGUGUUCGGUGUCUAAUUUUCAUUUUUUUACAUUUUUUAAAAUUUUACUAAACCAAUUAAUUAUGGAGAAAGCAGACGAGAUAAAAGAAAACCAUGGCAAAUUUGAAAACAAACAGCUGGAUGGACAUGGCUUACGAGCCACAAAAACAAGAAAUGCAAUCAAUUUGACUGCCAUUUCCGUUGUCACUAGUAUUAGGCAUUUGUUGAUUAAGAAAUGUUUAGAGCUAGCUCCAAAGAAUGGCAAGGAAAUACGAUCCCUGACGAAAUCUUUUCAAAAUCAAACACUGGCCGAGAUUGAGAAAGAGAUGGAUCUGUUGUUUGUGGAAGAAAAUGCUGUUGAAAACUUCAACAAGUUGGAUGACUACGACAUGCAGCAGAACAGGAAAUUUACAAGCUGGAGACCGACAGGAGUUCCAGAUGAAGACGUUGCUGCUCAUCAGAUGAAAGUUCUUGAAGACCACGAAAGUAAUUUGAAAGAAUUAUUGAGGAAAGAAAAUGAUGAGGUUGAGAUUUUGAAGAUUGAGGUCUUGAAGCUAAGGAAGUCUGUGCAGUCACUGUCACAAUCAUUUUCUGAUAACAGGGCACAAACGGGUCAGGAUCUGAACCUGCUGGCUAGAGAUUUUAUUUAAAUUUUUUUAUUCUUUGGUGUGUGUAUAAAAGUUAAUUUACGCUUUAAAAACAUUUUUGGUAUUUUUAUCUGAUAAUGUAACGUUGUUUCGUUUCCAUAUCUUAGCAAUUGAAGAUGUUGUAAAUAAAGUAUUAUUGACAAACUUCGAAAAAUGAUUCAAGCUAUUAAGGAUUGCGAUGUAAUAAAAUUAAAUUCCGUCUUAAAUAAUCGCGGUUCCUACAGCAGAAAAGAGUUGAAUUUUUGUUUCUUCAGUGCUGCACAGUCAGGUGGUGUUGAAUGUUUGAAGUGUCUCCUUACUUGCAAUAAUCUCGACCUUAACGUUUCUAAUUCUUCCGGCAAAACUGCUCUGAUGUUGAGUGCCGAGAAUGGCCAUGCAGACAUCAUUAGUGCACUUUUGUCAGAUGGUCGGUGUAAAGUAGAUAAAAGGAAUGAGAACAGCGGUCAAAUUGCCCUCCAUUUUGCCGUCAAAUCUAAUAAUUUUGAAUGUUCAAAAAGAUUGUUGGAAGCUGGUGCUAACAUGUCUGUGAAAGAUUUCGAAGGUAAUACUCCAUUGCUUUUGCUUUCACACCAAAGGAUGCCAAAUUUGGCUUUAAUGAAGCUUCUUACAGGCUGCUGCAUAAACGCACAAAACAAUCAGGGUCAGACUGCUCUUCACCUGACCAGUUUCCGGGCGAUAGGGGCAGAGUUGCUUCUUGCCUCGGGGGCUGAUGCCAAUCUACAGGACUCGUCUGGCAACACACCACUACACAUUGCAUCUAUUGAAGGGUUGGAUGCCAUUGUUAUCUGCCUCAUCACCUAUAAUUGCAAUGUUAACAUAAGCAACAUUUACGGCAAGUUGGCCUUGCAUUAUCUGGCCAUGAAGGGACACGAUGCUUGUAUUGAAGCUAUAUCAAAAGUUGGUGGAGAUUUGAAUUUAACUGACAAGGACAACAAAAGUCCUCUUGUAUAUUCGAUUG